GAAAGAAUAUGUGCGUGAUGCGAAAACCGCAUAUGAAACCGAAAUGCGAUUGGCCUAUUAUGGAGCCGCAGAGUAUCCACAGGUUCGAACCUUUCAACAUGGAAUAAACAACACUGGCAACAUACCGGGGAAUGUAAAGUUUCCAGAGGACAGGGCACUACCCAGUUUACCUGGACGGAUCGGAUAG